AUGGCAACAGAUAACAUUCUUCCGCCAGUAGGUGAUAGUAUACAACAACGACAAUUAUCUAAAUCUAAGAAACGUAAUACAAUUAUAUGUCGAAGUAAAGAGACAACAGCAACUACAGUAACAACAAAAUUAUCGUUUACUAAAGAUUCAUCUCUACUAUCAAAAUCAAGCAUUUUUCCUUCGACUGAACGCGAAUCAAAAUCACCACAAUUAGCUCGAAGUAGACAAAAACAACAACAAGCACCGAGACGUGAACGUACAGCAGCUAGUCUACAACCAAAUAAUCGUUUACCAAUGUUAUAUUCAAUAAGUCAGGAAAUUAGACGUGUACCAGAUGAACAAAGAAAACAGAUAUACGCAUUAAAUCGUCUGAUGCGUAAACUAGAACAAGAGAGAUUUCAAAACUUUUGUCGACUCAAUGGUAUACCCGUAGAAGAAGGCGAUGAGAUCGCGCUAGCACCACCAGCACCUGUCAUUGAAAUAGAAAAAGUUGAAUGA